AUGUGUGACGAUUACUCCUGCCCGGACAUUAGUUUCCACACCAUUGCAAUUUGUUCAGAGCUGAUUUUGGCAUACACUGAAGGCCUUCAUGGAAAAUGGCUGUUCACAGAAAUCCGUGCGGUCUUCUCCAGACGUUACUUGUUGCAGAAUACGGCUCUGGAAAUCUUCAUGGCCAAUAGAACAGCGGUCAUGUUCAACUUCCCCGAUGCAACCAUAGUCAAAAAGGUGGUUAACAGUCUUCCUCGAGUUGGCGUGGGAACCAACUUUGGCCUUCCACAAACCAGGCGCAUUUCUCUGGCCACACCAAAGCAGCUUUUCAAGGCGUCCAACAUGACCCAGCGCUGGCAGCGGCGGGAGAUUUCCAACUUCGAGUACCUCAUCUUCCUCAAUUCUAUUUCUGGCCGCAGCUUCAAUGACCUAAACCAGUACCCUGUCUUCCCUUGGGUCAUCACCAACUACGACUCUGAAGAACUGGACCUCACUUUGCCCAGUAACUUCAGGGACCUGUCCAAGCCCAUCGGAGCGCUGAACCCCAAAAGAGCAGCCUUCUUCUCCGACCGCUAUGAAUCAUGGGAGGACGAGCAAGUGCCCAAGUUUCACUACGGCACGCACUACUCCACGUCCAGCUUUACUCUCAUGUGGCUGAUCAGAAUGGAGCCCUUCACCACAUUCUUCCUGAACUUCCAAGGAGGCAAGUUUGACCAUGCGGAUCGGACUUUCUCUUCGGUGUCCAGAGCAUGGAGAAACUGCCAGAGGGACACGUCGGAUGUCAAGGAGCUGAUUCCAGAGUUCUUCUACCUCCCAGAGAUGUUUGUCAAUGCAAACAGUUACAACCUGGGAGUGAUGGAGGACGGAUCUGUGGUCUCUGAUGUGGAGCUGCCUCCCUGGGCCAAAACACCAGAGGAAUUUGUCCGCAUCAACCGUCUGGCCUUGGAGAGCGAGUUUGUGUCGUGCCAGCUUCACCAAUGGAUAGAUCUUAUUUUCGGCUACAAGCAGCAGGGGCCUGAAGCUGCCAGAGCUCUUAAUGUGUUCUACUACCUGACAUAUGAAGGAGCGGUCAACCUGAGCUCCAUCACUGACCCCAUGCUUCGAGAGGCUGUGGAGUCCCAGAUCCGGAGUUUUGGACAGACCCCCUGCCAGCUCCUCAUUGAACCCCACCCGCCCCGCAGCUCCGCCAUGCAAGUGACCCCGCUCAUGUUCACGGAGCAGAUGCAGCAGGACGUCAUCAUGGUGCUCAAGUUCCCGUCCAACUCCCCGGUCACCCACGUGGCGGCCAACACGCAGGCCGGCCUGUCCUCUCCGGCUAUCAUCACAGUCACCGCCAGCCGCCUGUUCGCCGUUAACAAGUGGCACGGGUUAGCAGGUCACCAGAGCUCCACUACGCAGGACCAGCACUACCAACUUCCCGUGGAGAUUGACCCUCUCAUAGCCACUAGUGUGGGAAGUCACCGGCGGCAGAUCUCAGACCUGCUGGACCAGAGCAUCCAGAUCAGCUCCCAGUGUUUUAUCAUAACGGCUGAUAAUCGCUUCAUCGUCCUCUGCGGUUUCUGGGACAAGAGCUUCCGCAUCUAUUCCACGGAUACAGGAAAGCUGACCCAGAUUGUGUUUGGGCACUGGGACGUGGUAACCUGCUUGGCCCGCUCAGAGUCCUACAUUGGCGGCGACUGCUACGUGCUGUCGGGGUCCCGGGACGCCACCCUGCUCCUGUGGUACUGGAAUGGCAAGACCAGCAGCAUCGGGGAGAAUUCAGCCACAGAGUUCACCAUGCCACGAGCCAUCCUGACUGGACACGACUGUGAGGUCACCUGCGCUAGCGUGUGCGCAGAGCUGGGCCUGGUCAUCAGCGGCUGCAAAGAGGGCCCCUGUCUGGUCCACUCCAUGAACGGGGACCUGCUGAGGACCCUAGAGGCCCCGGAGUCGUGUGUCCGGCCGCGCCUGGUGCAGUCCUCCUCUGAGGGCCACUGUGUGGUGUACUACGACAAGGGCCACUUCUGUGUGUUCUCAGUCAACGGAAAACUGCAAGGGAACAUGCAGGUGGACGACAGCAUCAAGGCGAUGCAGCUGAGCCGAGAUGGUCAGUACCUGCUGAUGGGAGGAGACGGAGGAGUGGUCUCUGUGUGGCAGCUCCACAACCUCCAGCAGCUGUUCACCUACCCCGCCUGCGACGCUGGCAUCCGCUCCAUGGCCCUGUCCCACGACCAACGGUGCAUCAUCACGGGCAUGGCGUCCGGCAGCAUCGUCCUCUUCUACAACGACUUUAACCGCUGGCACCAUGAGUACCAGACGCGCUACUGA